AUGCCUCUUGAGUCCAAUGAACCCCUCGAUCGCGAGGAUGCCCCGUUCCUCGCCUCGGGUCAAAGGCCCUCGUCCCCAGUGGAGGAGGAGUCUGGCCCGUCAGAUGCACAGAAAGAACACCUUCGAAAAACUCGCCUUCGCUUAAUGUUGACCCUUUUUGCUAUGAUCUUGGCCGUCGAAGUCGGCAUCUGCAUGUCCAACGGCCCCGUGACCCGUAUAUACGAGUCCAUCGCCUGUCGAGAAUACUACGCGCAAUAUGAUCCCACCCAGAUCGGGGCCGACGGCGAGGUCCAGGAGGAAUUGUGCAAGGUCAAAGCGGUCCAGCAGGAUCUGGCUGCAGUGAAGGGCUAUAUGGAGUUCUUCGAUGGCAUUCUGAGUGCUGUGCUAGCAAUUCCAUACGGCCUGUUGGCUGAUCGACGGGGCCGGAAAUCCACCAUCUGUCUGAGCAUUCCCGGUUUCGCCCUGAACUGCAUUAUUCAGCUGGUGGUUAUGUGGCGCCCUGACGUCUUCCCUCUGCGAACUGUCUGGGCAUCCUCUUUGGCUUGGUUGUUUGGCGGAGGCCCUGUUGUAGCAUUUGCCAUCAUCUGGACAAUGAUGUCGGAUGUGUCAACCGAAGAAGAAAGGUUCGGCGUGGCUAGCAUGGGAGCCGAUUUCGCCUCCAGUGCCGCCAGUUCCUGGUUAAUGUCAUUAGACCCAUGGCUUCCUCUGUUGUUGGGCUGGGGUCUGGCUGUUAUUGGCAUGUUCUUCGCCUUAUCAUUACCGGAAACGAUGCGUGUAGGAUCAUCGCAACCGACUUGGAAGCAGCCGAGCAUGGAGAUGAGCCAGGUAUCACCCGGAAACGCCGAGUAUAAGGAAGUUCCCAGCAAGGAACAAGAACACGAGGUACUCAGCGAUGAAGAGACCCUUCAAGGGGAAGAAGCUUCUUUUACGACAAAGGCAACACGACCAACCUUCUUCGCUUCGGCGAAACAACGGUCUCGGGCCUAUUUCGCGCCGUAUUCCUUCAUUUUCAGGAACAAGCAGAUCAUGCUCCUCCUCACCGCAUUUCUUGUCUAUCGACUGAGCCGUGGCUCGUCCUGGUUUUUGGUCCAGUACAUUUCCACCCGGUAUAAGUGGACCCUGGCAGAAGCGAACUUCCUCAUGUCAUUCAAGCCGGCCUUGACCAUCCCGUUGUUCUUGUUCAUCCUACCGGCUAUUUCAAGACAACUUCUCAAAACCAUGAAGCCGACCCAGAAAGACCUGCAGCUCAUGCGCAUCAGUAUUGGGCUGUUGGCGGUCGGGACAUUGGGAAUCGGUCUUUCACCCAGCGUGGCGAUGUUGAUUCCCAGUCUGCUAGUUCAGACAUCCGGGUCUGGAUUUGUCUUCCUAACUCGUGCUCUCAUUACCACGUUAGUGAAUCGGGAAGAAACAGCCCGUCUCUUCACCAUUAUUGAGGUUCUGCAGUCAGUGGGCAAUGUCAUUGCCAGCUUGUCCAUCACCACUGUGUUUCAAAUAGGACUAGAACUGGGAGGGGCUUGGAUCGGUCUGGCCUGGAUGAUGACCGCGACGGCCUUCACUCUGGUAGGCGUCGCUAUCUGGAUAUUUUCCCCCGCCUGCCGCGCAGACCGGACAACUUACACCCCACGUCUUGCUUCACAAGCUUACGGCAGUCUACUGUCAAAGUCUGGUCAUGUCCAGUCUGCAAUUUCACUGAUCCCUCUAAACUCGUCGUCAUCAAAGAUUCCUUAUCAUGGAGAGAUUCACCCAAUUUCGCGAUCGAGCUACCCUCAGUGGAUACUACGAAUCUUCCUCUUCUGUGUCCGUCUUCCGUUCUUCAUACCCGUCUGCAUCGGCUACUUCCUGCUUUUUCAAUGGCUCCCGAUCACAUCGCUGGGAAGGAAGGCCGCUCUGUGGUGCAUUCUAGGCGUGCCCAGCAUCUGGUGGGUUGAUCUUCAAGUGGACGGAGUAAGAAAAGGAACUCUCAACAACGACCGACACCAGAACCGCCUACCCGGUCCCGGAUCCAUCAUUGCCUCCUCCUUCACCUCUCCAAUUGAUGCACUCUACCUGGCCGCUGUAUUUGACCCCAUCUUCGUGUCCUGUUAUCCCUCCACGCGCGAAGUCGAACAACUAUCCGUCUGGCAAGCAAUUCUUCGCGCCUUCGCCCUCCCGCAAGCAAAACCCCAGCCCAAAGCCCGUACCGUCGAUCUGAAAACCAUCAUGCGGAAGUACCCUGGCCGCCCUAUUGCUUUGUUCCCUGAGUGCACGACCACCAACGGACAGGGCGUGCUGCCGCUAAGCCCCGUGCUGGCGAGCGCUCCUCACAAGACGAAGAUCUUCCCUGUGGCUUUGCGAUAUGAGCCCAAAGACGUGGUGACUCCGGUCCCGGGGUCUUAUAUUACUUUCCUGUGGAGUCUGCUGGGUCGGCCGACGCAUUACAUUAAGGUGCGCAUUGGACAGGCAGUCGUGGGUGUCGCUGCGGACGAACUGCCAACGCAUGACGCUACCAUGUUUGAUCCUAGUGCUUCGGAGAAUGGAUACCCUCAUGACAGAGACGAUGAACGGCCCUUCAGCGAGACCUCCGUGAUGGUGCUCGAAGAGCAGGUGCCGAACUAUGUAGGGGAUUCGCUGGCUCGCCUUGGCAGAGCCAGACGUGUAGCCGUGACGGCGCCGCAAAAGUUGGAAUUUGUGAAGUUGUGGAAGAAGUCAUAUUGGACAUGGUAA